CCAAAGAACCCCGCCGAACUAGCCGUUGCAUUUCCAUUUGCAUCUCCACCAAAACCCUAAAUUUAUCUCUUCAAAAUUCGCCAUACAGCAGCAUACAAGCUCUCUUCACUGAACUAAUAUCAAUCUCGCGUCCUUCAAUUAAAACACAUUAAGCCCUAAUCCACAGUUGCCUGUAGAUUUUGGUGAUAGAGAUUCGAAGAGAAAAAUCUAUGGCUUCAAAAACUGCCACAAAGGACAUAAUCACUCUGCGAGGAUCCGCCGCUAUUGUUAGUGAAUUCUUCGGUUAUGCUGCAAACAGUAUAUUGUACAAUCGUGGAGUUUAUCCAGAAGAGAGUUUUGCGAGGGUCAAGAAAUAUGGGCUUCCCAUGCUGCUUACUCAAGAUGAAGGGGUCAAAUCCUUCAUUUCGAAUUUAACUUCUCAGCUUUCUGAGUGGCUGGAAGCUGGGAAGCUGCAGAGGGUAGUGCUGGUGAUCAUGAGCAAAGCAACUGGUGAGGUUUUAGAGAGGUGGAAUUUCAGCAUCGAGACCGACAGUGAGGUCGUCGAAAAGGGAGUAUCAAGGGAGAAGAGUGAUAAAGAAAUUAUGAGGGAAAUUCAGGCAAUAAUGAGGCAGAUAGCAUCCAGCAUUACAUACUUGCCAUGCCUUGAUGAACCCUGUAUAUUUGAUGUUCUAGUGUAUACAGACAAAGAUUGUGCAGUGCCUUUUACUUGGGUCGAGAGUGAUCCUAAGCUUAUUGCUAAUCCACAGAUGGUGAAAUUGCACUCGUUUGAUACCAAGAUUCACAAGGUCGACACACUGGUAUCAUACAAGAACGAUGAAUGGGACGAGGCAUAAACUACAGCUGUUGUAUUGCUCUCCUUUUUAGAUCUUUCAAGAAUCAAUCUUUUGAUUCACAUUUUGUUGCAAACACCUCAACAAUGGUGAAUCAUUGAUUCACAUUCGGCUUUAGAUGUAUGGUUCAUGUUCUUGGAUUGUUGCAAUAGCAAAAAUUUGAAUGCUCUGUCAGCUGCUAUUGUUUAUGCAUCAUUAAUGUUUAGCAUA